UUAUUGAGAGAGAGAGAGAGAGAGAGAGAGAAAGAGUGUCUGUGAGGUCAGAGGAGGAACAGACUCAGACUGUCACAGGUCAGCAGAGUCAGUGGCACACCUUCAGUUCUCAGCACCACAACCUCACUGAAGACUCAUGGCCGAUGAGAAGGUCGAGAUGGGUGAAGUUGAGACGUCUCUCAUGACUUCAGAGUCCAAACCGCCUCCAGUCAGGGUGCCCAACAAAUUCGAGAGGCUAUUUCAGCCCUGCGUGGGCGAGCUGGUGGGGACUAUGUUCUUCGUGUUUAUCGGCUGCGUGUCUGUCAUUGAGAAUGUGGAGACCACAGGGAGGCUGCAGCCAGCUCUGGUGCAUGGUUUUGCUGUGGCUGUCCUGGUGGCUUGCAUGGCUGAGAUCAGCGGUUCCCAUUUUAACCCUUCAUUCACCCUGGCCAUCUACCUGUGUGGAGGCAUGGAGGUAAACAUGGUGGUCCCAUACCUUGCAUCUCAGCUGGUUGGAGGUGUGCUUGGAGCUUCUAUGGCAAAGGGAAUGACCAGCAAAGAGAACUAUGCCGAGGCUCAUGGGGCUGCGUUCGAUCUGCUGCAGGCAGACAGUCAGGUAGGAAGAGCAGUGUUUGGAGAGGUCGCCAUGACCUGCCUGAUCACCAUGGUGCUGCUGCUGGGGGCAGUGAACUCCAAGACCAGAAGCCCCAUGGUGCCCUUCUUGGUGGGCUGCACUGUCAUCUUCAACAUCUUGGCUGGUGGAGAUGUAUCUGGGACGUGUAUGAACCCAGCCAGAGCCUUUGGUCCAGCCAUAGUGAGCAACUACUGGACCUAUCACUGGGUCUACUGGGUGGGUCCCAUCGGGGGAUGUUUAGUAGCGGCAGUUCUGGUCCGCCUCCUUCUUGGAGACCGGAAGAUCCGACUCAUUUUGAAAUGAGAUUGUGUGAACAUCAACUUCAGUUACAUCAUGAGGUGCUCUACAGUUACAACAUAACUUCUUUCAUAUGUUCUUAUACAAUUGUUGUUACACAAUAAACCUUUUAUGAAAUUGGUAAAAACGUU